GCAUUCCAGAGCCGAGGAGGUCUAUUGAACUAUAUUCUUAUGCAAAACUUGUGCAAAAAGUUUUUAUUGUUUGGUACACCAGGCUGCCUUGUCACGUGAGUGAAAACGCUCUAUAGAAUUCUUUCCCUGACAGCACGAGCUGGUCAGUGUUUGACCACCAUAUUGGGCUUCCUGUGUGUUGUCUGCCAGAAGGCCUGGUAGGACCAUUGCAUCAUGGGAAACCGAAACAUUAUUAUUCAUGUUCAUGUUAAGUUCACGGUGUUUUUAUAAAAUGUAACUCCAAAAUCACGGCUAAAAAUCACCACUUUAACACCACUUCCAACCUCUAAAUCCCAUGUAGCUACAAUCUCUACUACCUUGUGACAAUGGCUAUGCAAACAUGCGUAGUUUACGGACGGUUAUUCUGCAGCCAAGCUCGACAGGCAGUCAGUCAUCUUCUCGGACGAGAAGCAGCCGUUGCUCGAGUUCAUCUUAUUUCUGUUUGUUGUGGYUUUUCCAAGGAGAUUAACUCUCCAAGAAGGAGAUUUGUUUUUGGAGACGAUGCUUAUUUUAUCGCCGAGAAUCAAGGAAAUAACGUUAUGGGUGUUGCAGAUGGAGUAGGUGGUUGGCGCCAGUACGGCAUUGAUUCUUCUAGAUUUGCAAGUUCUCUGAUGGAAGGAUGCAAAAGAUUUGUCUUGGAUGGUGGUUUGCAUACACAGUCACCAAUAGAUAUUGUUAAAAAUGCCUUCCAGGAAUUGACCGAACUAAAGGAUGCAGUUUUUGGAAGCAGUACAGCUUGUAUUGUUGUCCUUGACAAGGCAAGCAAGACUUUACACUCAAUGAAUUUAGGAGACUCUGGUUUCCUGGUUAUAAGAAAAGGGAAUGUAGUUCACCAAUCUUCAGACCAACAACAUUACUUCAAUACUCCAUUCCAAUUAGCCAUACCUCCCCCUGGACAGGACGGCAGAGUCAUUCAAGACAGUUUGGAUGUAGCAGAGAGCACAUCAUUUAAUGUUGAAGUGGAUGACCUCAUCAUAAUGGGUACAGAUGGAUUAUUUGACAAUUUAACAAAAGAACAGAUCCUUCAGGAAGUAUCUGAACUUGAGAACUUUGAAGAACGAAGCAUCCAGACAUUAGCAGAUUCUCUUGCUAUGAAAGCUCAGUGUCUUGCAUUUGAUCCAAGUUAUGAGUCACCAUUUGCAAAGCAAGCCAAGUUUCAAGGAUUACAGAUAAGUGGUGGUAAACCAGAUGAUAUAACUGUACUGAUURGUGUAGUAUCUUCUGAAAAGAACACUAAACAAAGUGACCAGGAAGAGAUAUGAGGUGUGUGGAUACUAGAUAGAUAUGCAGUGAUAUACGUAACCACGAAACUUGAUUAAAUAAUAGAAAUUAGAGCACUAAGCAAAGUGACCAGGAAGAGAUAUAAGGUGUGUGGAUACUACAUAGAUAUGCAGUGAUAUACGUAAUGACGAAAAUUGACUAAGUAAUAGACAUUAGAGCACUAAGCAAAGUGACCAGGAAGAGAUUCAGACUUCAUUCAGUUAGUGUUUCUUCACUUAGGUAUAUAGCUGUAUUGGAUUAUCAUUAGUCUGUAUAUGUCCAAUAUUAACCAUUCACUGAUGGUGACUAUAGCCGUGACAGAUCUAGGGUUUGUGGAUGAAUUAUUUAAAUUGACAAUAUUAUUACACUCCACUUCAAUGCGCCAUAUAACAAAUAAUAAAUAUUCUAUGCGAAAUCAUGGCUAACCCUGCGUUAAUAUAACUAUGGUCAAGGAACACAGCAGAAUCUAAUGGAUUCAUAACAUUCUAUACACACCUUUAAGUAAUUUGUGUAAUCUUAUUUAUAUUUUGUACAAUUUUGAUUCAAUGCAGUAGCUCUUAAGAAAUGAUUUUCAGCAAAAUCUCCACACCAAAUACCAAAAAAAAAGUAAACUUUAGAAUAAAUAAAAUAAUUARGUAUAAAGUUAACUUCUCAUCAGCAUGAUCAUCACUUAUGCUAAGAGGCGCACAUAACUGUCAUGCUAUCAUAACUUCUCAGGCUGGGCAUAUGUUGUAUAUUUUUUGAUUACAGACUCUUUGAGGAAUAAUGAUUCUUUAUUAGGAAAAAAUUUCCUUUUUCUGAUUAAAUUAAUGAUUUAUCAUCUUAAACUUGUUCAAAAAAAUAAAUAUUAGAAAAAAAAAGUUUCCAAAUAUAAUAUACAUCAAUUCAGAGCUUUCAAUAAAAGGCGGCUACCGGCGGUUUAUCGCCGGAUACUUCACCUUAAACUGCAGGCUAUUUCGACAAAAAAAUAAUUUAUUGCCAAAUAAAGUUAUUUACAAACACCA